AUGGAAAAAAAAUUGCAGAAACUAAAAGAUCCAAGUGAUUUUGUUCAAACAAACGUUCCGGAACUAAAAGAUUUAGAUUCCUUGCUAAGAUGUCAUAUUUGUAAGGAUUUUUUGUCAAUACCGGUUUUAACACCCUGUUCACAUUCAUUUUGUUCCCUAUGCAUUAGGCAAUAUCUUAAUGUAUCAGGAAAUUGCCCUUUAUGUUUAAAUGAAUUACAGGAGUCUAUGUUAAGGAGUGAAUUUUUACUAGGCGAGUUGGUUAAUUGUUAUACAAAAAAGGUUAGGCAAAAGUUAUUGGAUAAUCUAAUGCCUCGAAAUGAUAAUACAAUAUUAAAAAGCAACAUUAUAGAUUUGGAUUCGCAAUCACCACAAUAUAUUACAAAAAAAAGAAAAACCAGUGCACUUGUAAACAACAAUAGUUACCCCAAAAAUGGAAUUUUAUCAAUGUUUAAAACUAAGAAAGAACACAAGUUUUUGCCUGGUAAUAAUCUCGGAGAUAUUAACAAUAAAGAUACUACUCCAGGUAAAUCGCAAUGCCCAAUAUGUUCUGUGGUGUAUCCCAUAGAUUAUUUACAAACAACUCACAUCGACGAAUGUUUGCUACAUCCUAAAAUGAAAACUACAAUAGAAAUCAUAGAAGAUGACAAAGAAGAAGUAAAAGUUAAUACAAUUUUGAAAGGCAAUGAUGUUACAAUUGACAAAGCUAAAUCAAAUGGCCCUGAAUCUAAUGUUAUUGCUGUUAGUCAAAAUGAAACAACACCUACUGUAGAAACUCCUUUUUUAAAUAAGUAUUUGGAUUCUGCAAUCACUACCACAUGUUUAAAUGAUCAAAAUCGCAAGAAAAAGCUUGGUAAAUUGGAUGUUUUAAAUAUAUCCACAGCUGCGUUGAAAUCCAAAUUACUUGAUCUAAAAUUACCAACACAUGGUUCAAGACAACAAUUGAUUAAUAGGUAUAAUUAUUAUGAACUUUUAUGGAAUAGUAAUUAUGUUGACUCUUUGCAACCUACCACUGAACAAGAUUUGAAGAUGAAACUAUUAAAUUGGGAAAAAACUCAUAAUCUGGGUGUGGGGGAUGGUAAUAAUAACCACAAUGCUGUUACUAUGUUUACAAAUAAUUCUAACAAUAGUAUUCCUACACAAGAGCAUUCCAUUUUUUCGAUUUUACAAAAUAAAAGGGGAAUUAUAGAUAUCAAAUCUAAGAAAUUCAGUAGAAAAGAUUGGGCUAUAAAAAAUGCCACCGCCUAUAGAGAAUUGAUAAAAGAAGCAAAAAGUAGCAUGCUGACAGCAAAUGAGAAAAAACGGGAAGCAGUUUCUGAGUUAAACGAAGAACGCAGUGAACUUAAAGGCAAGCAUCCUAACCCUCAAGUUAAUUUACUUUGUAAAAAUAAUAAGAACGAUACACAUCAAGAACUAGAACAUUUAUUAAGUUCAAGCGAAGAAGAUGAGUGA